AUGAGUGAUACAUUUAAAUUACGUUCAUUUUUUGAAAAUCAAAUAGAAAAAUUAUCAACACCAACAAAUACUCUUAUGGAUAAAGUUCGACAAACAGUUGAUAAUAUGAAAUCUUCAUUUACAUCAAUGAAUAGUACUGAACAAGAUACAUCUAUAACUGUAUCAACAAAUGAAGUAACAUUUAAUUUAUUUUCAUCAGAAUCAUUAUCAAGUUCAUCGACAUCAUCAAAUUCUAGUAAUACUCAUUUACAUGGUUCUCAUUUAAAUACAAUAUCACAUCUAAAAUCAUUAACUAAUCAAUUGUCACCUCGUCAAUCAGUUUUAAGACGUCAUGUAUCAGAAUCAAAUAAAUCUGAUGAAACAAUGCUUUCACCAAAAAUUUAUCACGAUAAUCCAAUAAUUAAUGUUCAAGGUUUAUUAAAUAAUAAUAAUAACAAUAAUAAUAAUAACAAUAAUAGUAUUAAUAAUAAUGCGAGAAUACAAAUUAUUAAUCAAUCACGUUCACUUAUUCGACAAUCAACAGAUACAACAUCAACAUUUCCAAUUCGACGUUCAAUACGCCGAAUGGAAUCAAUUGAAAUUCCAGGUUUAAAUGGUGUGAAAUCUAUUCGUUAUAUAAAUGAUAAUCUUGGUAAAUUAGAACCUAAUCUAUAUAACAAACCUAUACAAUCAAAUGAUCCAUCUUAUGAUUCAGGUAGUAUAACAUUUACACUUUUUUAUAAUCAAUCUUUAACAUCAUUAAUAAUAACAAUUUUAUCAAUUGAUCAUUUACCGUAUCGUAAUUUAAAUUCAAAAGUUUUACCUAAUCCAUUUAUAAAACUUUGUUUAUUACCUGAUCGUCGAAAAAAAUUUCAAACUAAAGUUUAUAAACAUGCACAAUCUGUACAAUUUAAUGAAACAUUUGAAUUUCAAAUAACAUAUAAACAAUUAUGUAAACGAACUUUAUUAUUUUCUGUAUAUGAUUUUCGUCGUUCAUCAAAAAGAAAUUUAAUUGGUACAGUUAAAUUUGAUGAUAUUUGCUCCAAACCUGAUAUUACUUCACAAGUUAUUACAUUUACAAAAUAUAUUGUACCUGGUACCGAGAGCGAUCCUGAUCUAGGUGAAUUAACUGUAUCGUUAUGUUGUUUACCAAAUGCAAAACGGAUUACGGUAACUAUUGUUAAAGCAAAUUCAUUAAAACCAAUGGAUAUAACUGGUAAAUCUGAUCCAUAUGUUAAAGUUAUUUUAUUAAUAAAUGGAAAAAAAAUUCGAAAGAAAAAAACAUCUGUUUCAUCAAAUACACUUAAUCCAAUAUAUAAUGAAAGUUUAGAAUUUGAUUUAUCAAAUGAAGAACGUGAAAAUGCUGAUCUUAUAUUUAAAGUUAUUGAUUAUGAUCGUGUUGGUUCAAAUGAAUUAAUUGGUUGUAUUGGUAUUGGUUGUCAUUUUGAUGGUAUAAAUCGUGAUCAUUGGUAUCAAAUGAUUGAACAUCCACAUGUACCAAUAACUCAAAGUUAUAGUUUACGUGAAACAAUACCAAUAAUAACAUGUAAAAAUUCAAAAACAAUACAACAAACAAAAUAA